AUGUCUUCGUCCACUGAAGGUGGUAGGCUCAUUUGCCCCGAGUGUCGAGGCUACUGCGACGUCUCAGACAACUGUCCCACGUGUACUGCCGCUGAAUCAGUCAUACUCAAAACGGAAACAUCCGACUCGCAGGACGACACUGCUUUGAAGAUGGCUCCGUCUGCUGAAGCUUCCCCCCAGCAGGAUAAUUCCGAAGCUUCAUCUGCCACAGCCAAGGCUGCUUCAGCUCCUCCGUCCCCUUCUGCUCCCCAACCACCCCCCGCUCAGCCUGCCCCUACUACCCCUCCAAAGAAAACUUCAAAGGCCACCAAGAAGUCCAAGAAGAUGGAAUCUUCCAGCGAUUCCAAUAACAGCCCGAAGGAGAAGUUGACGCCGGCAUGUGCUCCGUGCAAGAAAGCAAAGAGACGGUGCGUGCAUCGCAGCGUUAUUCCAGAUGCGGAAGGACAAGGAGCUUCCCAGCCCUCUAAGAAACGCAAGCAGACUGCUGAACCAGGGGCCAACCCUAAGAGGGCCAAGAAGAAUGAUGGCGAUGUCAGCGGCAACGAAACUGGAUCUGAAGAGGGUCAGCGCAUCAAGCUCAAGUUUAAGAAUGCCGAGUUUAACACCGAAACAGGUGAAUCGACACCAAAGAAACGAGGCAGGCCAUCCAAGACAUUGCCGGGCGAUGCUGAAGCUGGGGCUCUACCUAGUAUAGAAGAGGAAGACGAGGAAGGAGAGGUCCCACAAAAGCGAGCGAAGGAUAAGAAUUAUGGCUUUCCAAAGGAUAGCCUCGUUGCGGCGUCACGAGUGACGGCUUUCAAGCACUUGGACCAGCAGCUACAAGACAAGAUAGCAGACUGCGAGGACAAAUGGAAGGCGGCCAAGGAUACCGUCGAUGAAAUCCGGUAUAUACUGAAUAAAUGGAUAGAGCUUUGGGAACAAGGAAGGGCAUGA